AGAAACAGAAAAUUUGAAAAAAUAAUGAUAAGAAAAUAUAGAAAUGCUCUCAGUUCACUCUUGUGGAUGUUGCCGUGUUUUCGCUGCAAGAGCAAUCCAAUUUCAAACCACACCUUCGCUCUUCUUCUCUACUCCGAACUAUAAAUCUCGUGUUGGCACUGCGCGAAGAGUCGCCGCUAGUUCUGGCUUCGCCGGAGACUCAGGCUCUGAUUUGAGGCAGGAAACCAUCGCCGAUACAAGGACGAACUAUGCCGGUGUUCGGCUGGAGGAGACGGUGGAUAACGGAAUCAGAUCUGGAAAACUGAGACUCGAUAGUUGGAUCUCUUCUCGCAUCAGCGGAAUCAGUAGAGCUCGCGUUCAAUCGAGCAUCAGAGCUGGACUAGUUCAAGUCAAUGGCCGCGUCGUUGAUAAGGUUUCCUUCAAUGUAAAAGCUGGGGAUGAGAUAUCAUGCACAAUUUCUGAGUUGCAGACUUUGCGAGCUGUGCCAGAAAAUAUACCGUUGGAUAUAGUUUAUGAAGAUGAGCAUGUGUUAGUCAUAAAUAAACCUGCACACAUGGUUGUGCAUCCAUCACCUGGGAAUACAUCUGGAACAUUAGUCAAUGGCAUUCUUCACCAUUGUAACCUUCCGAAUGUUGAAUAUUCUAAAGAGGAAGCUCUUUCAAAUACUGAAGAUUCUGACGAUGAGUUUAAUAGCUUCUAUACUAAUGCAAGUUCUUGUGAAGGAUUAUCUUCUAGGCCAGCUGUGGCAUCCAUUCGCCCAGGGAUUGUACACAGAUUGGAUAAAGGCACAAGUGGGUUACUAGUUGUUGCAAAGGAUGAACAUUCUCAUAUGAAAUUGUCGGAACAAUUUAAGCUACGUACAAUCAAGAGGGUGUAUGUUAGCCUUACUGCAGGGCUACCCACUCCUGUUGCUGGGCGUGUUGAGGUUCCUGUUGGUCGUGAUCCUAAUAACCGGCUUCGUAUGACUGCUGUAGCUGGACCACUCAAUCCUAGAAAAUCCCGGCAUGCUGCUAGUAGGUACAAGGUAAUUGAGAUACUUGCCAGGGGUGGUUGUGCGUUGGUCGAGUGGAAGUUGGAAACUGGACGCACUCAUCAGAUCCGUGCUCAUGCCAAGUACUUGGGAGUUCCUCUUCUGGGUGACGAGGUUUAUGGAGCAACGAGGAGCAUGGUCCUUUCACUGCUUCGUCCCAGGACACCCUCCGGUUUACAUAGCAAAAUUGUACAAAUGGUUUCCAGAAUAGAUAGACCAUGUCUUCAUGCUUUGACUCUCGGGUUUAAGCAUCCCCAUACGGGGCAAGAGGUGCACUUUUCGUGCGAACCACCUGCAGACUUUGAUGAGAUUUUAAACCAACUUCGCAAGAUUAGCAAUGAGGGGGCUUUCUUCACAAAGCAUUCAAUUUCAUAACGGGACCCUGUAAGCUUAUAAUUAGAUGGCGGUGUUUUGUUCA